AUGGGAAAUGUACCAGCUAAGGAGUCAAGAAGUAGAUCUAAUUCAGCAGUCUCUGACUUUCACUCCGGUGGCAGUGCGAAUACUUAUAAUACCUCAGCCUCUACUACAUCUUCUGGUAACAGAGGCGGUCGAUACUUGAGGAACACUGCGAAUUCUGGCUUUAUUGGCGCUGUUGCUGGAGGUGGAGGUAGUAACAGUGGCGGCCACCAUCAUCAUUACCACCAAAGAACGGUUUCUUCUGAUUUAAGGAAACAGAAACGGCAAGAAGAAAAAGACCAGAAACAAUUGCAUCAUUACCUGCAUCUUAUUGUCAAACAUGACGAAAAUGUUGAUGGCGGAUAUUUAGCUCCCUAUGGUACAUACAAGUCAAAUUUGGAUUUUGAUGUCGAUAUAGUUAGGUCCUUGAUUAUUAAUCGUGAAUUAUCGCCAUUUUUCACCCCGUUACAAGAUUUUGACGAUAGUUGGACAGACCAAGAGUUGCUUAUACUAUUGUCGCAAUUGACAUUACAUGCAUUGGAAGAACCUACUGAGCUAAAUGAGGACUUUGAAGAAGAUGACGUAGAUAGGCACAAGAUUCAUAAAAGUAACAACUAUUUCAAGAGACAAGAAGAAAAAGCCAAACUCAAGCUGUUGAUCUCAAAAAUGAAGGAAGCUCAAAAGGAUGAGGAAAACAAGUUUUUGGAAAUCAAGAAGAAUCAUGGUAAGCAGUGCUUUAGUAAAGACUUGAUGCUUAAAUUAUAUCGAAGUCCAUGUGAGUGUCCUAUAUGUUUCCUAUAUUAUCCACCAUUCUUGAAUGUAUCGCGGUGCUGUUUGCAGCCUAUCUGUUCGGAGUGUUUUGUGCAGAUCAAGAGACUAGAUCCUCAUCCGCCGCAUGAUGAUCCGUCAAACCAGCAAGCCGGAGAACAGCCUCAUUCUUUGAUAUCGGAACCAGCAAGUUGUCCUUAUUGCGCAAUGCCAAACUUUGGAGUAACAUAUGAUCCUCCACCAGAUAUUCGUACAGGAAUUAAUGGAAUACCACCAAGUGAAUACAAGACGGUUUCUUUAAUUUUAGAAGAGGAAGGUCGUGGUAGUAGUAGUAGUAGUAAUGCUAACAAUAACAAUCUAACAGAUGGUGACGAAGAGUCAAUGGGAAGUCCUAGUCCGGGACGUACUAGUAUUAGUUCUCCGCCACCAGCUAAUUCUAUGAUGACCAAAGUUUUGAAAAGGAAAAAGGGUGUAAGGAGGGGCUCAAUAGCAGCCGAUUCACCAGGGGUAAUUGCUGUUGACAUGAUUAGACCUGAUUGGGAGAUUAAUUUGAAUUCGGCCAGAAAUAAGUUGGCUCGAAAAGCAGCUACAGCAAGUGCAAUACAUGCUAGUAAUUUGAUAAUCGAAGGUAAUAGCUCGAACAAUGAUAGUAGUAGAGUUAGAUCUAAUAGUGGAAUUGGCUACGCAGCAGUUGAACAACGAAUGAUUGAAGAAGCGAUGAGAUUAUCAUUAAUUGAUGAGGAAGAAAGGAGGAAGAAAGCUGAUAAAUAA